AAGUACCUGACUAGCUGCUGCUGGCAAGCUAAACAAAAGCAAUGCAGAUACGACUGUCUUAGCUCAUGAAAAGUGUAUCCGUGUCACAUUAAUGUUGAUGCCUCCAGACUGUGUAAAAAAACGAAUGUUACCAACAUGGAAAGAGCUGUCAGACUCGUCAUUUUCUCGGUCAUUUUCUUGGCAUCGCAGAUAAACUGCCAAGAGGCGAUCUUGCACAUUUCAAAUGGAGGUACAGAUAGGGAGUACUGCAUUGUCCACAAUCACUCCUGGACCCCCCUGUCACAAACCCUUGAUGCUGCUGUGCAGUAUCCACUGGUGAACAUGACCUCCUCUCUGCUAUGUAAUGGCUCAGGGGUCAGUCCGGAUUUGGUAAAGGGCAAAGCGCUGCUGGUGAUGAGGGGGGACUGUGAGUUCAGCCAGAAAGCUCUGGUGGCACAGAGCCUCGGCGCUACAACUUUGCUCAUUGCCAGCAACAAAAAUUUGAUCACUCCGUCAGCCAAUGACUCAGAGUAUGCAAAGGUCCAUAUUUCCCUGGCGCUCAUGAGGUACAGGGACUUCCUGGAAGCUCAGAAGGUGUUUGGUGAAGGAAUGCAGGUGAAGCUUUAUGCUCCACCUCAGUCAAAGAUUGAUCCAAGCAUUGCAGUCAUGCUGCUGAUUUCCAUCGUCACAGUCGCCUUAGGCGGCUACUGGAGUGGGGCGUGUGAGAGGGAUCGGUUGACUAGUGGUGGAGCAGGGGGAGGAGGGGGAGAGAACAAAGUGGACAGCGGAGAGCUUUUCCUGUACUCUCCUCUGAAGGUGGUUUUCUUUGUCGCCCUGAUGUGUGGGAUGUUGGUCCUCAUGUACUACUUCUACAACGUCCUUGUUUACGUUAUUAUUGCUAUAUUCUGCCUGGCAUCUGCCUCCGCACUGUUCAGCUGUCUAGAUGCGGUGAUGGAACUAAUUGGUUGUGGCACUGUGAGCUUCUCUAUCCGAAAUUGGAACUUCUCAGUGAGGUCUCUCAUACUGGCUGCUGUGUGCAUUAGUGUUGCUGUGGUCUGGGGAGUGUACAGGAAUGAAGACAGAUGGAUCUGGAUCUUGCAGGACCUGCUUGGCAUCGCUUUCUGCCUCAACUUCAUGAAGACCAUUUCACUGUCCAACUUCAAGAUCUGUGUGAUUCUGCUGAGCCUCCUGCUUGUGUAUGACGUCUUCUUCGUUUUCAUCACUCCUUUCUUCACCAAGAAUGGAGUUAGCAUCAUGGUGCAGGUCGCCCUGGGCCCGGAUGCAUCUGGAGAGAAGACGCAAGGUAACAUGGUGGAGGUCCCUGCUGAACCCCAGACUCCCUCUGAGAAACUGCCAGUUGUGAUGCGUGUCCCUCGGUUCUCAGCUUGGGCUCAGAACCUGUGUGGGAUGCAGUUCUCCAUUCUGGGUUAUGGAGAUAUCAUUGUUCCAGGUCUCCUGGUUGCCUACUGCAGCAGGUUUGAUGUUUGGAUCAACAGCAGCAAAAAGAUCUACUUCGUCAGCUGCUGCAUAGCCUAUCUGCUGGGAAUGAUAGCCACGUUUGCUGUGAUGCUGCUGUCAGGGAUGGGCCAGCCUGCCCUGCUCUACCUGGUGCCCUUUACCCUGAUAAUCUCCGCCGUGGUGGCUGGGUGCAGGGGAGAGAUGAGGCAGUUCUGGGCAGGAACCACCUAUGAGAAAAGAGGAAAGAGAAUAGAGGAAAUGGACACAAUUCUGACCUGGCUUCAUCUUCACCAGGUCUUGGACUCCUCCAGGGAACCUUUGCUGCCAGAGGGAAGAACUGACUGCUCCGUAGAAGGAGAAAAAUGCUGACUUACAAGGUUGAGAAUGGACCCAUAUGCUGGAUGCUUUUUAUUUUAUUUUUUUUUUUACAUUUUAAUAUUACAUUUGCAAAGCAAGGGAACACAAUGUUAUUAUUGAUCAACAGAUUCUUAAGAGUAUGGGUUCAUCUGACUGCUGUGAAUGGCUAAUAAAUACUGUGUUUGUGGAACAGAGAUGUUUUAAGUGAUUGAAAGGCUUGUUUAGUGCCUGAAAGGUCUGUUAGAUUCAUGUUCAGAAAUCUGUAAUGACUUUACCCUGGUGAUGAUUGCAUACAACAAAAUGAGAAAGCACUUUAUAAUAUUUAGCUUGACAGUUAUUUCAUUAGGGGUGGGGUGGGGGUACAAAUUACUUGUAGCCACAAAAUGAUACAUUUUUGAUAACUGUUUUGGGUUUUCUCUGUAACCUGUUUGUAUGAUGUGAUUUCUUUAAUUGCCUUAUAUUAAAUGAAACAGCUUCUA